AGUAAAUUUAAAAAAGAGAUUUUAUACUCAACUUGUAUAAUUGUAAAAUUCUUUAAAAUGAAUUGUAUUAAAAUUUUGUCACUAUUAUUGCUAAUUUCUGCCGUUUGGUGUCAAAAAGGAGAAAAAUGGGCUAAAGGCUUUGCUGAUAGAAGUGCUGCUGAACUUAUGUGUGGACCACGUCAAAUAUUUGUAAGAAAUAACCGCUACUAUUGUUAUAGUAUUAGCGAGACUAUUUUAUUUGAAUACGAAAAGCAAUUUGGUACUGGAGCAAGAAUAAAGAUUAAUAAUCACGAAGAUUAUCAAAAAUUAAUUGACACAAUUGAAAGCAAUUCAUUCUGUCAAGAGGAGCCAAAUGAUUUACUUCUAUUACUUUUCCCAGAUGACUACGAAAAAUAUGUAGCUAUUGGGAGAGUCGUUCAAAAAUUCAGUGGCAUCUCAUCUUAUUGCGACAAAAUGGCAAAGUUAAAAGGAGGAAUUAUGACUGCUCACAAAUUAGAAACAAAAAUACAGCAACUUUUAAAUGACGGAAUUUGUGAAAAAGUUAAAAAGGAUGCAGAAGAAGGAAGUAUAACGAGAGAUUCAAAGAGAUUGCAAGAAAUAGGUAGAGUUCUUAAAAAGAAUGAAUAUUGUGGUAAUCUGGAACCGCUGGGAAAAAAAAUUUGUCGUAAAAUCUUUAGUGCUUGGUUCGUUUGUGCAAUAGCCAAAUUCUUUGGAGCUGAUGUUUGAUAAAUUGUGAAUGUAAAUAUAAACUUAUAUAUAGCAAAAAUGUAAUACAAACCAAUAAAAGAUAAAAAAAACAUUCUUUGGCAAUUAA